AUGCGCACCCCAAAGAAAUUCCAGGAUCCUAAUUACAAGCGCCACCACUUAGGACAACCUGCGAGUGGUCGCCCUCAGCCAACCAAUGAUCGUACUGUUCUCGGUGACGGCAUAACCUCUCUAAGGGCUUGGCCAUCACGUGGUGGACUGAUCGUCCUCCACAACGUUACUGCCUUAGACUUCUCCUUCCUAGGCCUUGACGCAGUGAACCCGCCGGCAUUUCGGGACGAGGACCAGGAAAGUGAAGACACGUUCUGCCAGCAAUUGUUGCGCCUCGGCGCAAGAUGGUUUGACAGUCUCGAUCGAUAUGGCUUUGUGGCCAAUGUCUUCGACGAUGAGGAACCCGAGCUUGAAGCACUCGAGGCAGGACUUGAGGCAGAUUUGACCUUGGCGGAGCGACGUUGGGUCAGCGUCGGUUGGCCCAGUGACUGUGGAGGUGGUUGUUGGAUCGCCGAGUAUGAUACGCCUCUCUACAAAAUGCUCGAGCCGAAGAACCUCGUACCUACGGAGGCAGCACAGGUUUAUCUUGCUAGGACUAUGGAUGAGAAAUGUGCGAUUCUGCAGCGGUUAGGAGCUAGACAUUACCAGAACAUUGAACAAUAUGAUGGCGUUGCUUGUGUGAACGCCUGGGAAACGAAGACGUCAGGAGAGGUCGGACCGUUAGUCAAACAUUAG